AUGUCUCAUCAAACACCAAAAACGAACUUCAUACCUCUCCUACCAAUAGAAACCCACUCACAGACCAAGAAAGUCUCGCCUCCGAUCAACAAAAUAACACAACAAGGCUGUGAGCCACGCACAGAGAUCACCCCCUCCUCUCAGCACCAAGACCGGAAUCAGACAAGCCCCAGUCUUAGUCAUGGAGUUGUAGACCAAGGAAAGUACGACUACCCCUUCCUAAAAGCCAAUGUGCUUUUCUCACAGAGCAGUGAACACACAACCGAAACGAUGCCAAAAGAAAAGGCUUCUGGCAUAACGACCGAAGUCAACGAACUACUAAAGACUAGUUCCUGGUCUAUCCCUCAUGCCCACGAGUAUCAGAAGCAUGCUUGGCAUAGUUCUGUGCUGGGAAUGGAGGCCAAAGUCAAAGACGAGUGGGGAUUUUCUAGCGCAAACGCAUCGCGUUCGCACACCCCAAACCCAAUUUGCUAA